GAGCAUUCUUACGUUUAGCGGGGUUGCAAGAAAGUAAUUCUUGUGACAUAGGAUUCAAAGUGAAUUUGAAUGUCAUUGUUUUAAUUUAUGGUUAUUUUUAAAACAUGAGUUAUGGGUUUCUUAAAGUAAGGAAUUAUGCAACGGGACAAUGAUAGAUUGUUGUCAGAUUUCAUUGGAUAAGGCUGUUCAUGAUAGGAAUUGAUAGGGGGCAGGUUGUAUGCAGGUUAUUGUGUGGUGGUUUCGAUUGGCGGAGUACAGACAGAGUAACGGGGAUGUUUACUUCAGCAGUCGUAGAUGAUGAGGUAGAACGAUGUAGUGUUUCUCUAUGACAGGGAUGUGAGAAGUUUGAGAAUACAAGACACGCUCAGUUAUUCCUCAUGCCGACCACGACCCUCUACCCCCGGGCGCCGCCGGUACCCCUCGACCUGGGGGAUAUAAAGAAAACACAAAGGAGGGUGGCUGCCUUGCUGAAUGGGGCCACCCCACGGGGUCGAAAAGGGGUUUCUCGCAAGCAUAUACCUCACAGCUUCUGCUAUGUAUGCAGUCGACUGGGACCUGAUGGCCGAUAUAUGGGUAACCCCUACAGGUAUCUCUUUGGAAAGGGGUACCUCCAGCGUUGUGAGCACGUGCCUCCGGCCCCCCACCCAACAAUGUUGGGUGCGUCCCCUCCCAAACACACCUGCGUCCGACGACGGAAGAAAAUACCUUCCUCACGACAAAUCCACCAGUGUCCAAAGAAAGGAAGAGGGCUGCUGGAGGGGAGAUUAAGCCUUCCGUCCCUGACAAAUGACAGGAGAUCAAUGAUUGGUCGGAAUGAUGGUAGGUCAAGGUCAAUGUCUCAAGAUGGCGGCGGAGAGUUAAAUCGAAAGGGGUCAAAUACAUUUGGAGAUAGUAACCAUUACGACAGAAGAGGAAGUGAUGCGACGAAUAGAAAUGGUACUGAGAGGAGGAGGAAGAAGAAACCCAAAGAAGCUUUCUCGAAUCCUUCUGGUAUCGAAGCCUGGGGAGAGGAAGAUGAGAUACCCGGGGGAACUGUCAAAUACAAACACGGAAAGAAAGAAGACUGGGCCAAAUAUGCAGGUCAGUCAAGCCCAUUUAAGGAAUAUAAGCGUGAAACUUCCAACUCCAGAGAACUUUCUUUUGAGUUUCAUCGAAGAGGAACAUUCAGUCUCUCCCCACCAGAUCCACACUCCAUAUCAAGGGAGACCACUCUGACGACUCCGGACUCAUUUAUAUUUUCAAGGGUAGAUUCAGCGAAUUGGUGCGAGUGUCCCGAUGUCGACACUGCGUUUCUAAGGUGCAAGGAGUGUUUCCAAACGGGAAGACAUGAAAAAUGGUGUGUGUCUAAAAUGGGACUGUGUCCCCAGUGUGGCAAACCUGUCAGACGGAAGCAUUCCCGUGGUCAUCUAGAUCGACAACGGACCAACCCGCCUUCACGAACCCCAGAUAAAACAGCCACGGAUCUAACCAGUGCUUCCCACAACAGACGAGAGUGUUCGAGCAAAAGGACGGAAGGCGAUCACAAAGUCCGAUUCAACGAACAGAACUCUUUUGUGAAGGAGAGUAAACAAGGUCGAGGUGGAAUUCUUAAGCACGACACAGACCAGACGCUGAGUUACAGAGAGAAAAUAGAAAUAUCUAUGAAAAAGAAACAGAGGAAUAAACAUAAUCCUGCAUUGCCGAAAAUCGACCCAAAUGUCCACAAACAGGCAUACAUGUUGGCACUCGCUGACGCCAGGAUAAGGAAAAUGAAAAAGGACCCUUUUGCGUUUGAGAACUCGAACAAACGGUCGUAUUUUUCAUAUUUUCCUUUAUACAAACACCCAGGGUACAAACCACCACAAAACCUACAACUGGGUAUUCGGAAAGAAGAUGAGUCGAAAAAAGUGAAAAUAAAAAAGGGCAUGAAACACAUCCUUGGCGACAUCCAGUUGUCGGACUACUACCCACCAGCACGCGGCAAGGGGGUAAAGGUGGAGGGGGUAGAGGAUGGGGGGAUUAUCAAUGAUGGGGAUACAGAGAGCACCAGACAACCGUAGUGCCAUGCAUGUAUGACGUGUCACAGUGACCAACAGCUUAGAAGACAUCCUAGCUUCCAUUGCCUCACAUUUGCUGGUAACUAGAAUUGCGUGAUUGUGAUAUCUAGUAUGUCGUUCGUUACAGAAUUACUUCUCAAGUUAGACGCUGAACCUUUAAGACAAGCUGUGGUUGUGCUUUGAGAUAAGACUUAUAGGAAGCACCUGAUCGAAAAAUGUUUGAUCUAUAUCGUGUUUAGGACUUGUCUCCUUGAUUUGAAGGUUAAAAGAGAAUUUGAAGUAACGUGAACACGCAAACAAGGUUAAGACAUGUGUCACUGGUAACCAGUGAACAGGUUGAUUUGAAAAUAAAUGUUGUUUUGAAACUA